AUGGCCGUCCGGCCCGGCCUGUGGCCAGCGCUCCUGGGCAUAGUCCUCACCGCCUGGCUCCACGGCUCGGGUGCCCAGCAGAGUGCCACGGUGGCCAACCCCGUACCCGGUGCCAACCCAGACCUGCUUCCCCACUUCCUGGUGGAGCCCGAGGAUGUGUACAUCGUCAAGAACAAGCCGGUGCUGCUGGUGUGUAAGGCCAUGCCUGCCACGCAGAUCUUCUUCAAGUGCAACGGGGAGUGGGUACGCCAGGUGGACCAUGUGAUAGAGCGCAGCACGGAUGACAGCAGCGGGCUGCCCGCCAUGGAGGUCCGCAUCAAUGUCUCAAGGCAGCAGGUGGAGAAGGUGUUUGGGCUGGAGGAGUACUGGUGCCAGUGUGUGGCGUGGAGUUCCUCGGGCACCACCAAGAGUCAGAAGGCCUACAUCCGCAUUGCGUAUUUGCGCAAGAACUUCGAGCAGGAGCCGCUGGCCAAGGAGGUGUCCCUGGAGCAGGGCAUUGUGCUGCCCUGCCGCCCACCAGAGGGCAUACCCCCGGCUGAGGUGGAGUGGCUCCGGAACGAGGACCUGGUGGACCCGUCCCUGGACCCCAAUGUGUACAUCACAAGGGAGCACAGCCUGGUGGUGCGACAGGCCCGCCUGGCCGACACGGCCAACUACACCUGCGUGGCCAAGAACAUCGUAGCGCGUCGCCGCAGCGCCUCGGCUGCUGUCAUCGUCUACGUGGACGGCAGCUGGAGCCCGUGGAGCAAGUGGUCGGCCUGUGGGCUCGACUGCACCCACUGGCGGAGUCGUGAGUGUUCUGACCCAGCUCCCCGCAAUGGAGGUGAGGAGUGCCGGGGUGCUGACCUGGACACCCGAAAUUGUACCAGCGACCUCUGCGUGCACACUGCUUCCGGGCCUGAGGACGUGGCCCUCUACGUGGGCCUAAUUGCUGUGGCCGUGUGCCUCCUCCUGCUGCUGCUCGUCCUCAUCCUUGUUUAUUGCCGCAAGAAGGAAGGGCUAGACUCAGACGUGGCUGACUCGUCCAUCCUCACCUCAGGCUUCCAGCCUGUCAGCAUCAAGCCCAGCAAAGCAGACAAUCCCCACCUGCUCACCAUCCAGCCAGACCUCAGCACCACCACCACCACCUGCCAGGGCAGUCUGUGUCCCCGGCAGGACGGGCCAAGCCCCAAGUUCCAGCUCGCCAAUGGGCACCUACUCAGCCCGCUGGGUGGUGGGCGCCACACGCUGCACCACAGCUCACCCACCUCUGAGGCCGAGGACUUCGUCUCCCGCCUCUCUACCCAGAACUACUUCCGCUCCUUGCCCCGCGGCACCAGCAACAUGACCUAUGGGACCUUCAACUUCCUCGGGGGCCGGCUGAUGAUCCCUAAUACAGGGAUCAGCCUCCUCAUUCCCCCAGAUGCCAUACCCCGAGGAAAGAUCUACGAGAUCUACCUCACGCUGCACAAGCCGGAGGAUGUGAGGUUGCCCCUAGCUGGCUGCCAGACCCUGCUGAGUCCCAUCGUUAGCUGUGGGCCCCCUGGAGUCCUGCUCACUCGGCCUGUCAUCCUCGCCAUGGACCACUGUGGGGAGCCCUGCCCGGAGAGCUGGAGCCUGCGCCUCAAGAAGCAGUCCUGUGAGGGCAGCUGGGAGGAUGUGCUGCACCUGGGUGAGGAGGCACCCUCCCACCUCUACUACUGCCAGCUGGAGGCCGGCGCCUGCUACGUCUUCACUGAGCAGCUGGGCCGCUUUGCCCUGGUGGGAGAGGCCCUCAGCGUGGCCGCGACCAAGCGCCUCAAGCUGCUUCUGUUUGCCCCCGUGGCCUGCACCUCCCUCGAGUACAACAUCCGAGUCUACUGCCUACAUGACACCCACGACGCACUCAAGGAGGUGGUACAGCUGGAGAAGCAGCUGGGAGGACAGCUGAUCCAGGAGCCUCGAGUCCUUCACUUCAAGGACAGUUACCACAACCUGCGCCUAUCCAUCCACGAUGUGCCCAGCUCCCUGUGGAAGAGCAAGCUCCUCGUCAGCUACCAGGAGAUCCCCUUUUAUCACAUCUGGAAUGGCACGCAACAGUACCUGCACUGCACCUUCACCUUGGAGCGUGUCAGCCCCAGCAUCAGUGACCUGGCCUGCAAGGUGUGGGUGUGGCAGGUGGAAGGCGAUGGGCAGAGCUUCAAUAUCAACUUCAACAUCACUAAGGACACGAGAUUUGCUGAGCUGCUGGCUCUGGAGAGUGAAGGGGGGGUCCCAGCCCUAGUGGGCCCCAGUGCCUUCAAGAUCCCCUUCCUCAUUCGGCAGAAGAUCAUUACCAGCCUCGACCCACCCUGUAGCCGGGGUGCCGAUUGGCGGACUCUGGCCCAGAAACUCCACCUGGACAGCCAUCUCAGCUUCUUUGCCUCCAAGCCCAGCCCCACAGCCAUGAUCCUCAACCUGUGGGAGGCACGGCACUUCCCCAACGGCAACCUCAGCCAGCUGGCUGCAGCAGUAGCUGGACUGGGCCAGCCAGACGCUGGCCUCUUCACGGUGUCAGAGGCGGAGUGCUGAGGCCAGCCAGGCCUACAACGCCUACACUCUCACCAGCUUUGGCACCCACCAGGGACGGACAGAUGCCAGACGGGGCCCUUCCCCUACACUCAGGGGGAGCUGUGUGGACAGGCCCCCUCCUGGCAGACACUGUCCCUUAACACUGGCCCUUCAGACCCUGCCUACAUUUCCACCCCUCCAAGGCCUGCCUGGCCAGGCUGGCACUGCCACCUGAUCUGACCCUGCCCUGACCUCUGGGGCCCAGGGUGGACAGUGCCUAGAGCCCAAGCCAGGCCCAGCCCAUCUGUGUGUGUGUAUGUGCGUGUGAUGCUACCUCUCCUCCUGCCCCUGGCCAGAAGGCCGCAUACACACGGGCACGCACGCACACGCUGGGCUCGGGACAUGGCCCCCAGAGCUCCUGCCUGAGCUGGACCUUAUGCAAACAUUUCUGUGCCUGCCAGGUAGGGGUACAUCUGAGGGGCCUGGCUCCAAGCCUGUGAGAUUGAGGGCCACAGCUGGACAAAGGGCGGCCCCUGGGUUCAGGCACAUGACCACCACACGGGCAUGUGCCCAUGCAUGUCUCGUGUUCUCAUCUCACAUACUCCCCCUCUACACACACACACACACACACACACACACACACACACACACACCUCAUGCUGUACACCUGGAGGCCACUCACGUCUCUCACACCCAGUAUCAGUCCACAUCUGCCUCUCACAUGCUGCCCUUCUCCCACCCACCCAGGGACACCCAAUGGCUCCUCUCUGAUCCUCCCCCUACCCCCAGCCUGGAGGAGCCCUGCCCAACAGGGCAUGUGAAUAUGCAAUGGGAGUCCCGGGCUGGACAAUGGCAAGUGUGCGUGCUGUGGCGUGCCCACUCCUGGGGCUGGCCGGUUCCCCCAUGUGGGGUCUGUUGUGUGAAGCUCGUGCCCUGACUCUGUCUUAAGUGCAUUCGUGCACUUACACUUGGCCUUAUGUACACAGCCUUGCCCGGCCGCCGGGGCGCGUAGGGAUUUUAGCGGACGUGAAUGUAAAUAAAUUAUAUAUAUAUAUUGCUAACCCAAGUGCUACUUCUCUCUGGGAAAGCCAGAGGUCAAGGCU